GAAGAAACACUGCACUUCAAUUGCGUGUGUAUGUUACUCGAGUCCACAAUAGUGAUACACACCAUCAUGGCUGCUAGGACCGCUUCUAAAACUAUGCGCCUGCCAGGCCUCGUCGCUACGCAUCCCCAUGGUCUCGUCGCUGCACGCCUCGGCGCCGUGCGCGCUGCUGUGCUACCUGCGAAAGAAGCAAGCAUGGGCUUGCGUAACUUCACCAGUAUCCCCAAGAACAUCGCUGGUCUGCAUAAGAAGUCGGUGAUAGGAUUCGUCAACCAGUGCUCGCGGAGGAGGUUUAUCUCUGAGCGGCCAGAUGGCCGUGGCAGGAUCUAUGAAUUUGAGGAUGUCCUCUCCGCCAUCGAAGACCCCUCCGAUGCCCGCCUCCUAAUCGACGUCCGCGAACCGCACGAGUUCGGCACAGACAGCAUCCCCACCGCCAUCAACCUGCCCAUAACCUCGCGCCCAGACGCACUCCUCCUCCCUCCCGCCGAAUUCCAGGACCAAUUCGGCUUCGCAAAGCCCCCCAUCGGCAAAGAAUUGGUCUUCUUCUGCAAGGCGGGUGUACGCAGCAAGGCUGCUGCUGGCAUUGCGCGACAGGCGGGAUACACGAAUGUUGGCGAGUACCCGGGGAGCUGGAAUGAUUGGCAGAAGAAGGGCGGGCCGAGGACGCAUAGUCCGUCUGCGGCCGGGGGUCUGGAUGAGAGGUAGAGCAGGGUUAGUGAGACCAGCUUCACGGGUGGGAAGAGCAGUGGGGAGUUGCAUGAAGUGGAUGGUGUUGCGAAGCCGCCUAAGGGCGGGCAGUUUGGCACGCAGUAGACGAGGCAGCGUCUGCAUGUGGGAGUCGCUGAGUUGUAUUAAAAAGAGUGUAAAGUAAACACAUCGAAAUACUGCCUUACUGCGCUCCAUCAAAGUUGACGCAGCAAAUAGCGUCUGCCUAU